AUGGUUUAUCUAUGGUUCAAAACACAGCGGCUAACAAUUCAACUAUUUAGUGUCUCCAUCAUUAUCCCAAGUCAAACUGUUAAAGGAUUUAAAUCAAUUCAUCAAAAGUCUUUAGGUGUUGCUUAUGUUGAAUUUGCCAAUGAAUUAGACGCUGAACUGGCCAGAAAGGAAAUCAAUGGUAAGAUUGUGAAUGAUCGUGCUUUAAGAGUCAAACCUUUUGUUCCUUAUUCCCCACAAAAUACCUUUUUGAGAAGAACAAGAUCAAGACGUGGUGCUUUCCAUCGUAAAUCAAGAGCUGAAAAAGCAACAACUGAAAAAAUUGAUGAACUGGAUGAACAAGCUGUUCAAACUGAUAAUGCAGAAGGUAAUGAUGAAGAAAAAGCGAUUCCAGGUGCUGCAACAGAAUCAAAUGAAGAUGAAAACUUAGGUUCUGGGAUUUCCGUUGAUACUGAUGGUGAAAAGCUGAAACCUCUUGUUGAUGGAGAGGAAGCAUUAGAUAAAGAGCAAGAACCUGAAACUUCAAAAGAUACCGUUUUUAUCAGCCGUCUUUCUCCAAAAGCCACUGAUGGUGACCUUCGUGAAUUUUUCCAUGAAUUUGGACCAACUGAUGUUUAUAUCUUCAAAAAUCGUAUCAAUAAGAAACAACAUCCAUUACGUUUCCAUCAAAGAUAUGUUUCUGCAUUAGUUACCUUAUCAGUUGAAGAUGGUGUUUCCAAAGCGAUUGAAACUCUUAAUGAUCAAAAAAUUAAGAACAAAGUUGUUGGUAUUCGUGCUGCUUAUGUUUCCAAGAUUGAGGAUGUUAAAAAGGCAGCCGAAGUUCGUCAAAAGAAACAAGCUAAAUUGGACCAAGAAGCUAACGCAGCAGCAGCAGCAGCAGCAUCAUCAUCAGCAAAGCCAGCUUCAGAUGAUGUUGAGAAAGAUGAAAAAUCUAAACAACAAUUACCAGUUGAAGAAACCCAUGAAGAUUCAAUUGAUGUUGUUCAAGAAGAUGAUGACGAUGAAUCUGUUUGUUUCAAAAUUGAUAGUAAACCACAACCUGAAUCAGUUGCUGCUUGA